UUUGCAAGGUAGAUAAGGUGCUUAAAAUCUAUCAAUCUAUAUACUCUUAUCUUCAAUAAACCAUCGACCAAAACAGAGAGAAUGGCCUCAUCAUCAUCAUUCACAACCCAAACAUUUAUUUCGCAUACAAUCUCAACAACACGGCAACUAAUCAUCUCACCUUCUUCUAAAAUACAACCACCUUCAUCUCAACAACCUCAAUCUAAUUCAUCUUUUUCCAAUUCCGUGGAAAAUAAUAAGCCAUUAACACCCAUUCAAUCUAAUAUUGAUAAUAUUGUUAAUAAAAAAGCUACACCAACAAAAGUAGAGACCACUGAUUGGAUUGCUUCUUCCUUGACUCGAAGGUUCGGCCUUGGCGCAGGCCUUGCUUGGGUUUCUUUUCUUGCUUUUGGGGUCGUAUCUGAGCAAAUUAAGACCAGGCUUGAAGUUUCUCAACAGCAAGCUAACAUCAGGGAUUUGGACAAAGAAGAAGAAAUUGUUUUGCCAAAUGGCAUAAGGUACUAUGAUAUGAGAAUUGGUGGAGGUGCAUCUCCAAGAAUUGGGGACUUGGUUGUGAUAGACUUGAAAGGUAGCAUUAAAGAUAGUGGUGAAGUAUUUGUUGACACCUUUGAUAAGAAAAACAAAUCACUUGCUCUAUUAAUGGGUUCAAGGCCAUACACAAGAGGAAUGUGUGAAGGAAUAGAGUAUGUGUUGAAGACUAUGAAAGCUGGUGGUAAAAGAAGAGUUAUAGUCCCUCCUAAAUUAGGUUAUUGUGACAAUGGUGCUGAUUUCGGUUCAGAUGUUUCAAUACCUCCAUGUGCAACUCUUGAGUAUAUUGUGGAGGUUGAUAAAGUUUCCAUUGCACCUGCUUAAUUGAUUCAUGUAUUUUUUUUUAUUCAAAUUAUGUAUUAUAAAAUUACAUCUAAGCGUUUGACUUAUAAUUAAAAGGUUAAUAAAAUGCUCUAUUUGUAUCC